AUGAGCGACCGCAGGGUGUUUAGGGGGGCCCCCUUUAAGCUGCUGCAGAAGCAAACAACAGAUGCUUCUUCCUCCUCUAUACUGAUGAGAGAGAAACUGCUGCGGGCGCAGCGGGCCUCUGUCCCUUCUCCUUUCCUGCAUCAGCAGCAGCAGCAGCAGCAGCAGCAGCGGCAGCAGCUGCAGCAGCAGCUGCAGCAGCAGCAGCUGCAGCAGCAGCAGCAGCAGCAGCAGCAGCAUGCACGAACAGUUGGCGGUAGUUCUGCUGCUGCAUCUGCUGCUAAUCCUUCUUCUUCUGCUCCCUCCUCUGCUGCAGCAGCAGCAGCAGCAGCAGCAGCAAGCAGCAGCAGCAGCAGCAGCAGCAGCAGCAGCAGCAGGAUGAAACUAGGGAAAGAAGUAGCGCUGCAGACAGACACACACAUAGUGCAGCUAUCAGCAGCAGCAGCAGCAGCAGCAGCAGCAGCACAAACAGAUAUUUAUAAAGACAGACCCGUUUCUCCUUUUGUUGCUAUCCGAGCAGAAGCAACAGACGUACAAACACAAAUACAGGAUGGUGAUCUAUUUAAUUUCGAUGAGUAA